UGCUUCAGGGGGGACAUCACUGAUCAGAAUAGCAAAAAUUGGUACACGCCCGACGGAGAUGGCAACAGUGGAAGUAGGCAGGUCACCGAUGUCAGAUCGAAGGAAGCGUUAAAAUGCAAUAACGUCCUCACGUAUAUUAAAAGAGGCUUCCACUACUUUGGAAAUUUCAACAUCAACAUUUUGUACUUCUUCAUGAACAAGCACAACAUUGAUCUCCACUGGGUUGACAACAAGGAAAUAUUUCGCAAAAUAAAUAACAGCGAAGGCAGCGCCUGUGCUACACUCUUCGAUAAUGACCAGUUAAAUGACAAAAAGUUAAUCGCCUUCGUGGUGAACAUCGUUCGGGUCAACCUUUUCGAUUUCUACCACCACCGGCAUUUUUACACCAUAAGGAAAAUUUCAGGGAUGUGGUUCCAGCUGGAUUCCUCGCUCAGUAAACCCGUUUUGUUACCCACAAGUGAAGACUUAAACAAUCACUUAAUGAACAUAGUAAAGGAUAACAAAUUUCACAAGUCCGAUAAUUACAUCAUACAAUACAUCAUUUUUGUUGCGCCAGCAGUACAUAUUAUAAUACGUAACCAAAUUCCCAAAAUGAGCGAUAAAUCCAGAAGAACCUUUCUUUUUGGAGUCACUGCUGUGCUAAUAUUUUGCUCAUUCGCUGCAGUGGAGUCUCAAAGAUAUAUGUGGAUAUUCGGAAGCAUAUGUGCAUCCAUACUGCUAAUAAUCGACUUGAUGUUUUUUGGCGUCGAUAAAUUUAACUACGAUCCAUUUUAUUCCAACUGGGAGAAAAAGCAUUUGUGAGACGGACAUACACAGCAGGCUGUAGCUAACGUGCAACGAACGGUGGAACCACGCCCGUGUACGCGAAAUGGACACCAUUUUCAGUAAAUUGUAAAAACAUGUGGUACACAUCUUAGUGCCACCCUAUAUGAUACAGUGCAGCACAUUACAGUAUAGCAGAUAGUACUCUUAUGCUGUGUGCUUUCCCUUUUUUUAAGUUUUAUUUUUAAUUCAUUUCAUGUAGCCUUUUUUUUCUUCCCCUCUGCGGAAUGCUUUUUUUUUAUGUCGCUCUUUUAACAAAAACCCUUUUUCCUUAAUGCUUUGAUAAUGC